UAUAAGUCCGGCUUCGGCCAGAAACUUCAGUUUGUUGGCUGCUGCAGCAGGUAGCAAAGUGACUCUAAGGUUUCGAGAGGUGCUGUAGCCACCGCGGCUGGCGAACAAGCGAUUACCAUGGAAGGGAUCAGUAUAUACACUCCAGAUAACUACACGGAGGAACUGGGCUCAGGGGACUAUGACUCCAUAAAGGAACCCUGCUUCCGGGAAGAAAAUGCCCAUUUCAACCGGAUCUUCCUGCCCACCAUCUACUCCAUCAUUUUCUUGACUGGCAUAGUGGGCAAUGGAUUGGUCAUCCUGGUCAUGGGUUACCAGAAGAAACUCAGAAGCAUGACCGACAAGUACAGGCUGCACCUGUCCGUGGCCGAUCUUCUCUUUGUCAUCACGCUUCCCUUCUGGGCAGUUGAUGCUGUAGCCAACUGGUACUUCGGGAAGUUCCUGUGCAAAGCCGUCCAUAUCAUCUACACAGUCAACCUCUACAGCAGUGUCCUCAUCCUGGCCUUCAUCAGUCUGGACCGGUACCUGGCCAUCGUCCACGCCACCAACAGCCAGAGGCCCAGGAAGCUGUUGGCUGAAAAGGUGAUCUAUGCUGGCGUCUGGCUCCCAGCACUCCUGCUGACAAUUCCUGAUUUCAUCUUCGCCAGCGUCAGUGAGGCGGAGGACAGAUACAUCUGUGACCGUUUGUACCCCAAUGAUUUGUGGCUGGUUGUGUUCCAGUUCCAGCACAUCAUGGUCGGCCUCAUCCUGCCUGGUAUAGUCAUCCUGUCGUGCUAUUGCAUUAUCAUCUCCAAGCUGUCACACUCCAAGGGCUACCAAAAGCGCAAGGCCCUCAAGACCACAGUCAUCCUCAUCCUGGCUUUCUUCGCCUGCUGGCUGCCCUACUACAUUGGGAUCAGCAUCGACUCCUUCAUCCUCCUGGAAAUCAUCAAACAAGGAUGUGAGUUUGAGAACACUGUGCACAAGUGGAUUUCCAUCACCGAGGCCCUGGCCUUUUUCCACUGUUGCCUGAAUCCCAUCCUCUAUGCUUUCCUUGGAGCCAAAUUUAAAACCUCUGCCCAGCAUGCGCUCAGCUCUGUGAGCAGAGGGUCCAGCCUCAAGAUCCUCUCCAAAGGAAAGCGAGGUGGACAUUCUUCUGUUUCUACGGAAUCUGAGUCUUCAAGUUUUCAUUCUAGCUAACACCGAUGGAAAAGACUUUUUUUUACACAAUGAGGAACUUUUUUUUAAGUGACACAUUUUUCAGAUAUAAAAGACUGACCAGUACUGUACAGUUUUUAUUGAUUAUUGGAUUUUGUCUUGUGUUUCUUUAGUUUUGUAAAGUUUAAUUGACUUAUUUAUAUAAAUAUUUUUUUGUUUCAUGUUGAUGUGCAUGUAGGCAGGACCUGUGGCCAAGUUCUUAGUUGCUAUUUUAUGUCUGGUUGUAGGACUGUAGAAAAGGGAACUGAACUUUCCAGAGUGUGUAGUGAAUCAUGGAAAGCUUAGAAGUGAUCCUCAGUGGUUUGUGCAUAAAUAAUUUCUCCAUUCUUGUGGAACAUCUUUUUUUUUUCCCUGUUGUGAAGUUGUCUGGUUACACUAUGUGAUUUUGCUGUAGAAGUGGGCUCUUAUAACCAAAGUCUAAAGUCAUAUAGAAAUGCUGGUUUUCAGUUUUCAGGAGGGGAUUGAUUUCAGUACCUGCAAUGUACAGUCUUGUAUUAAGUUGUUAAUAAAAGUACAUGAUAAACUUAG